AGACAGUGAAGAUACCACCAAGUGAAAUUUGACAAAGGCGGCACCGUUCCUACCCCUGGAACAAGGCAACUCCGCUUUCACAACAAGAGGAGGCCAAGAGACACAGUGAUCUGCACUUCCCCCGGGAACAUGGGUCUGCACAGCUCCAAGCCCCGGCGUCAAGCCCAGAUCCUGAUGCUGGGCCUGGACGGAGCAGGGAAGACCACUCUGCUCUACAGACUCAAGUACAACGAGAGCGUAGUCACCGUGCCGACUGUGGGCUUCAACGUAGAGAUGCUGGACACGGCGAAGAGGGGCGCAGGACUGACGGUGUGGGAUGUGGGAGGCCAGAGGAAGAUGAGGCCCCACUGGCAGCACCACUAUGCCGACACCGCGUGCCUGGUGUUUGUGGUGGACAGCUGGGACCUGAGGCGCUUGGGAGAGACGCGAAAAGAGCUCCAUCAGGUCCUGAAGUGCCCGAGUCUCCAGAGGGUUCCUCUUGUGGUCCUGGCCAACAAACAGGACCUCUGUGGGGCAUUAAGCCCAGCAGAGCUUAGUCUGAAAUUGGACUUAAGAAGACUAUGUGGCGACAGGGCCUGGUUUGUCCAGCCCUGCUCAGCCAUAACAGGGACGGGACUGGAGGAAGGCUUUAGGAGGGUUGUCUACCUGCUGAAAACGGCCCUUGAACAAACAGAAGAAGAUGUCAAGGACAAAUUCAAAAAGCUGAAAGGCAAAGGCUUUGCUGUAAUGACUAUGAAACCAGUGUUGCGAUGCGGUUGAGAUGCAUUAAGCCAUAAUGUAACGGAUGAGAGUUUCUGAAACCCAUUCACAUCACCGAGUGUGAAUGCUCCUGGUCUACCUGUAGAACUAGAACCCAUCAGCAUGUGAGUGAGCAGUAUGGGAGAUUAACGCAGGAGGCAUCAAUUAAAGAGAUUAAUGCUGCGUCAAUCUCUGUGGUAGGAAGCACAGCAACCUGGUCAAAACAGAGGAUAUUGGGCCGUGGUGAUAACUGAGGUCGCGGUGCAUCGUCACGCAUUACUGGAAUAGCUGUGAGAAUGUGGGAAAGUGUUUCACCAGCCACUGUGAGAAGCGAGCAAAACACAAAAGGCCUAAUUUCCCUUUUAUUCCUAAAGUCAAAAAUAACAAAGAAAUACAUCCCGGAGAACUUCGCCCUCACUGUCUUUAGUUUUGAUUGCAUCGUGACACGUAAUUAAAGGCUAUUCUUUUUUUCCUCGCUUAAGUUUUUAUGAAGUUUUCAAAAAGAUAUAAACAGAACAGUACAACAACAUCAACACAAAAACGAAUACAGUAAAAUGUACAAACAGAUAGAAACAAAUAUACAAAUAGAUAGAUACGAAUAGAUAGUGAGAGUAGGGUGCAGGUGGAGGAGAGCCUGGAGAGGUGGAGGUAUGCACUGGAGAGAAGAGGAAUGAA